AAUUGCAAGCGGUUUGGUAAUCCCGAUCUUUAAAAUGGAGAAUGCAGUGGCAAAUUUGGAAGCUCUGUUUCAGAAAGCUGACUCAGAUGUGAACAACUUGUCACAAAGACUCAAAUGUGAAUUUGAAGACAAUGAUGAGACAGUGAACCCCGCCGCCCUGUUGCCAAAACUGGAGGAGGCGAAGAGAGAUUAUGCUGGUCUGGUCCAGCAGGCAGCGGACAUUCAACAUGCACAGAUGGAGGCCAUGACAGAGUUCCGUGGACAUCUGAAUGAUGUUUGCCAGCUACUUCUCACAUUACAGUCCAAAUCUGGAGCUGAAAUGACAGAGAAACCAGCAGAGUUAUGUAGACUGGAGUCAUUCCUAGGCACGUCUGUCCCCUGGGGAGUCCCGGAGCCAGACAACUCCUUGGUAGGCAGUGAAACCCCCGGGUCAGGAGGGGAGGGGUCACGGGUCAGCUGUCCGGGGUCAGACAUUUCAACCUGCUCAGACCAAAAAGCUGGUGUUGAGAGUUCUGGACAGUGCAGGGAUGGGGACUUUGUGCCGGUUUCUGAGACAGAGUUUGAGUCUGUGUCAUCCUUGAUACGGGGAAAGGUUAAACUGGCUGACGUCAAUAGUACAUACAAAUCAUUGUCGGAAUAUUUCAAGGAAAACAAAUCUGUAAAAACUCUUUCAUCAGGAGAUAUGUACAAGAUGGGUUUACGGGUGACAGGGGUCACAGGCACAGCAAAACUCAAGGUGCUGCGCGCCCUGAAGAUUGUGAAGCUCUCACCAAAAGGAGACGUGUCGAUGGCGUGAGUUGAAUUGUGACAUUACCAUCUACUGUGUUCACAAGGACGAACCCAAAUGUACAGAUGGACAGUCCUGGGAACUGUAAAACUGAUAAUUCCCGUCAUGCUAGUGCUACACUGUAGAAGGAUAUACAGAAUCUUGUAGCAAUUAAAGUGCAAUCAUUUUUAAUUUGGUAGGAUUUUAAGUUGAAAACGCAUCUUAGUCAUAUCUGGUCCUCCCCAUCCUUCCAAUAAAUGUGUUUUUACAUUUUCUACUUUUUUUGAACGCUUCCUUCUUUUGAGUCAAAAAUGCUUAUUUCAUUCACCUCUUUAUUUGUUAGCUAUGUUCUCUUAUUACCAUGUAAGACUUUAACGUCCUAUGUGUCAUUAUGUUGAAACAAAAGCCCAAAAGCUACCGUGCCAGGCCUGUUCAUUUAUAAACAAUUAACAACGUUGAAUAGCCAUACAGUAAGCUUAGUUUGGUUGUAAUGUCAAUACAAUAUGUGCAAGACAUUGCAAAAAGUAUAACAAAAUUACCUAUACUCAUGUAUACAGGUGUAUAUUUCGUCAUGAAAACUCAUUCAGUACUUUCAGCUACUAUUUGGUCAAAAAUUGUUGUUCUAACUUUUCAUUGGGACUCGACUUGAAGCCAAUCUUCCCAUCUUUCUUAUUGUUAACGUUUGAUUUUGUAAAUAAUUGUAUCUAUAAAUAAAUAUGAAUAAAAAUGUGUUGUUUUAU